AUGAAUCAGGUCCUUCACGCCCUCUGUGAUGUCCCGGGGUCACGCCACAGUAGGGGACACAACACGCCGGGUAUCCCAGCCCCUCCUCACCUAGCGCAAUCGCCUGCCCAGCAGACCGCAAACGCCGACUCAGGAAACCGCGCCAGAUCUCUAACUGGGGCACGUUGGCGUCAGGUCACUUUGGAGAGAGACACCCUCAGCCCCUCAAUCGGCCACUUCCUCAUUCAAACGUUCGCUGCUGGCAGCCCGCGCCGCGCCCCGGGCCUCGCUGAUUGGCUGGUGCCGGUGACGCCAUCAGAUCGCGACCGCCGGGAUGGCGGCCCCGCUGUCAUGUGGCUGCGCGGCCCCCGGUGGUGGCAGGUCGUUGUGCAGUGGCGCCGCAGCAUUGCCGGGACGAGGGGAUGCAGUUGUAAGGAGGCGAUGACCGAGGCGCUCUCCACCCCAGCCGAGGCGGCGGGCGGGCCGCAGGCUGCGGCCCAGCAAAACGGAGACGCUGAUGGCGACGCGAGCGGGGAGCCGUUGACCGGGCGCCUGGAGGCGGCCGCGGGGAACGGGGCGCCGGCUUCAGCUGCUGCCGCCGCCGGCCGGAGGAAGAAGCGGCGGGGCCCGCCCGGAGAGCGGGUGGUGCCGCCCCCGAAGAAGCGGCGGACUGGAGUCAGCUUUGGCGAUGAGCACUUUGCCGAGACCAGCUACUACUUCGAGGGCGGCCUGCGCAAGGUGCGGCCCUACUACUUCGACUUCCGGACCUACUGUAAGGGCCGCUGGGUGGGCCACAGCCUGAUGCACGUCUUCAGCACGGAAUUCCGAGCCCACCCGCUGGCCUACUACGAAGCCGCCGUGCGGGCGGGUCGGCUGCAUCUCAACGAGGAGCCAGUGCAGGACCUCAGCAUCGUGCUCAAGGACAACGAUUUCUUGAGGAACACUGUGCACAGGCAUGAGCCACCAGUCACAGCAGAGCCCAUCCGCCUUCUAGCUGAGGACAAAGAUGUGGUGGUUGUAGACAAGCCUUCCUCCAUCCCUGUCCACCCCUGUGGCCGUUUCCGGCACAACACAGUCAUCUUCAUCCUAGGCAAGGAGCACCAGCUGAAGGAAUUACACCCCUUGCAUCGGCUUGAUCGCCUUACCUCAGGGGUGCUCAUGUUUGCCAAAACAGCUGAGUUCUCUGAGAAGAUUCAUGAGCAGGUUCGGGACCGGCAGCUGGAGAAGGAAUAUGUGUGCCGAGUUGCAGGGGAGUUCCCUGACAAGGAAGUGACCUGCAAGGAACCCAUCUUAGUGGUAUCUUACAAGAUAGGAGUGUGCCGUGUAGAUCCCCGGGGCAAGCCCUGUGAGACUGUGUUCCAGAGGCUCAGCUACAAUGGCCACUCCAGUGUGGUACGGUGCCGGCCACUCACAGGCCGUACCCAUCAAAUCCGAGUCCACCUACAAUUCCUGGGCCACCCCAUUCUCAACGACCCCAUCUACAAUUCAGCUGCCUGGGGUCCCUCCAGAGGCCAGGGUGGUAAUGUUCCCAAGACAGAUGAGGAACUGCUCCGGGACCUGGUUGCAGAGCACCAGGCCAAACAAAGCCUGAAUGUGUUAGAUUUAUGUGAGGGUGACCUGUCCCCAGGACUCACGGACUCUACAUCUCCCACCUCAGAGUUGGCCAAGGGUAGCCUGGAAGAGUUGGCUACAGCUGCGCAGAAGAUGGAUGGAGUAGUUGAGGCAGUCCCUCAGCAUCUGGACACAGCAGAGAAGGCAGCUGAAGCAGAUGUCCUGAAUCCAGAGACAGACCCACUCUGUGCAGAGUGCCGGCUGCUGCGACAGGAUCCCUUGCCCCAGGACCUUGUGAUGUUCCUGCAUGCCCUUCGCUAUAAAGGGCCAGACUUUGAAUAUGUUUCACCCAUGCCUGCCUGGGCACAGGAUGACUGGCAAGAAGACUGAGAGAUGUGGCCAGUUGGGGGGAUUGCUUCUUGGGUUGUGAACAGGGAUGGGCCAUAGGGCAGGGACUGAUACCAUUAGCUGGUACUCAGGGUUUUGGGAAGAGUGAGGUUAGGCUCUAAAGGGAUCUACUUAUAUUUACUACCUCCUCCCUUUAGCUAGAGUUUGGAGACUUCAGGUUGUAAAUAUAUCCUGUUUCUAAA